AUGCACCUUUUGAGCAAAUCACCCCUAGUCAUUUACAUUGAGAACUUUGUCACCGAUGAGGAACGACUACACUUACAACAUAUCGCCCAAGGCCACUUCAAGCAUUCCGCAGUGCUCAAGGGCGGAAACUCUGCAAUCCACUCCGUCCGCACAUCCCAAUCAACAACCGUCGACAGAGACGCCGUCGUCCGCUGCAUCGAGGCCCGCGCCCUCGACUUCCAGGGCUUCGACGUCCCAGAGUCUCACCUCGAGCCCAUCCAGCUCGUCAAGUACGCCGUCACGGAGCGCUACCAUUUUCACACCGACUGGUUCACCAAUCCCUCCCACGCAACCGUGUCUCUAGGCGGGAAUCGCAUCAGCUCCUUCUUUGGGUACGUAAAGGCAGACAACAUCACAGGAGGAGGCACAAACUUUCCGAUCCUGGACGCGCCCCGGGAUGAGCGCUGGUGUAAGUUUAUAGACUGCGAUGAAGAGUACGAGUCGGGCGUAACCUUUAAGCCUAUUGAGGGCAAUGUCGUGUAUUGGGAGAACUUGUUGGCGGAUGGCAGGGGGGACCAGAGGACGCUGCAUGCUGGAUUGCCGGUGGUGAGCGGAGAGAAGAUUGGCAUGAAUAUCUGGACGAGGCAGAUGCCAUUGCCUGCGGAUGUUCGUGGAGAUUGA